CUUGUUUUCCCGCCUCCGCACCGCAGCAACGACAGCAGCGUGACGAGUGACGACCCCUCCCGCCUCUCGCUGGUCAUUCAAUAAUCCCAGGAACAUUACCUUAACUUAACUGGACUUGCCCCAUACUUCUCUUCUUUUUCUUCCUCACUCUUUCUACCUUCCUCUCUACCAUUCCCACUUCCUCCUUCGCGACACUCGUUGCGAAUCACCCAUCAUGCCUUUGGGUCUCAAUAACCCCCUGCCCUCUUCCAUGGGAAGCGAGUGCAGGAAGACUGGAAAGAUUCUAGCAUCAUUCGUAGACCCUCGACAAGCUUUCGGUCCAGACAAAAUCAUUCCUCCCUCGGUCCUCGCGAAUGCAAAGGGUCUUGCAAUCCUCACAGUAUUUAAAGCCGGCUUCCUCGGUACCGCACGUUUCGGAUCAGGUGUCGUCGUAGCUCGUUUGUCGGACGGAUCUUGGUCCGCACCCUCAGCCAUCGGAACGGUCGGCGCAGGUUUCGGUGGACAAAUCGGUUUCGAGCUCACAGACUUUGUCUUUAUUCUCAACGAUGCGAAUGCAGUCAAGACGUUUGCGCAGGCUGGCUCCCUCACUCUCGGAGGGAAUGUGUCGAUUGCAGCAGGUCCCGUCGGCCGGAACGCUGAGGCCGCCGGUGCGGCAAGCUUGAAGAGCGUUGCCGGUAUAUUCAGUUACAGCAAGACCAAGGGUCUGUUCGCAGGUGUCAGUCUCGAGGGCAGCGGUAUCAUCGAGCGAAGAGACGCAAACGAGAAGCUGUAUGGCAGGAGAUGGACCGCAAGGGAAUUGCUCAGUGGACAGGUCCCCGUACCACCGAGCGCCGACCCACUCAUGCGUGUGCUCAAUUCGAGAGCAUUCGGUAGCGGAGGUGGAGGCGCAGGACAAGAUGCUAUGUACAACGACAUUCCAGUCUAUUCAGAAGCGCAGGAUGAUGUUGUCUGGCAAGGCCGACGAGGCUCGGCGUACGGAGAGGGCGUGCGAUCGAACAGGACAGGCUCAAUGGGCGCGGCAGAUGACGAUUAUGUUUAUCGGGACAGACCUGCGCGUGCUAGCACAUGGCAAGACGACGUCUACGACCGCCAACCCUCGUCUGCUGGUAUCAACCGCUCAUUCUCCACACGCGCCAACCCCGGUGAGACAUUCGACCGCAUGGAGAACCGUACACGGAGCGGAACGGCAGGAUCAGGAUUUGGGGACGAUUAUUCCUACAGCGACAGAGGGAAACCAGGCCGACCCACAGCUCCCAAGCCAGUUUUUGGCGCAAAGAAGGCAAACCUCGGUGCUGACCAGGCGAUUGCGAAAUUCACAUUCGAGCCCGAUCAGCCCGGUGAUCUAGGUUUCAAGAAAGGCGAGGUCAUUACCAUCUUGAAGAGGACUGACAACGAGACCGAUUGGUGGACCGGAAGUGUAGGAGACCGUGAGGGCAUCUUCCCAAGCAACUACGUCGAGACUGUAUAGCCUGCCGAUAUCAUUGCAAAACGCUGAUUUAUUUCAAUGCUUCUGAUUCCCUUCCUCGCGCUUUCCAUUACGGAUAGAUUGUCUUAUAUAUACACAGCGAGAAUUUCAUAUCCCAACGGCCUUCUCUACGUACCUUUCGCUGGAAAAAUUGCACUGCAAGUCUUCCGGGCAUAGCAUGGCGUCUAGGGAUUUUUCGCUUUCUGCUCAACCGGCACGUUACGUCAAAUUGGGCACGACAUACCUAGGGUAGACGCUGGAAAUGGACCUUUCACAAUUGCUAUCAAUGCGAUUCUCUUCAUGACAGCUUCUGUUUUCAUAUAAA